GAGCUAUCUUCGUAUGGGAAAACUGCCAAUGUUUCACCGCUAUUCUCACAGCCCGCCAAAGUCCUAUCAGUCCAUAUAAUCUCGCUAUUUCCACUGCUACGUUCUAGAAAACAUACCCAGCGCAAUCAUGCCAGACACUCUUUCGCACGAAAACAAUACUUUCGCCGGAUAUCGAUGGUCCUACUUCUCCUCCCUCAGCAAAGAACCCCUAAAAGCACGAGCUCAAGCAUUCCUACAAUCCAUCAACUGGGAUCUACUCACCCAGUGUGCUUCUACGAAGCGAAACGGUCUAGAAUGUCGAAUAUUACCAGACAUCGGCCUAGGAUAUAACCACAUGGUUCGUAUCGUCGAAUUUUCUGACCGCGCUCGCGAGUACUGGACUAUCUGUCUUGUUCGGCGAGAGAGCACGAUUCCUGUUCCGCGUGUCCAUUUGUUUGAGACAGACACGAACUCCAGCGUCGGGGCACAGUUCAUGCUUAUGGACUGUCUUCAAGGAAAUGCUGGAAGAGAUCUGAGCAUGAACAUCCCCCCUGAACAUAAGUUAGACGUUUAUGCCAGAAUGGCAGAAAUCCACAUCGAUAUGUUCAACAUCCGACUCCCAAAAAUCGGAAAAGUAACCGGGAUAAACGCAGACGGCACAUACCAACAAGGCCCGCUCCCAAUCUUAGGCGGGCCAUUCAACACCGCAGCAGAGUUCUUCAUCGCCUAGUCCACUAAAGUCGAAUUCGGUCUCUCCGAAGCUCAACUUCAAAACGCAGCAGGUCCCUACGCCGCCGAGAUCCAAUCUUCCCUAUCAACGUUCAAAAAAACUGAUACACGAUAACGCGGAAUCAUUAUCCAUCAACAACA